CCCAAAUAAUUUGUAUAUAUCGAUCUCUUUUCUGUGAAAAGAUAAAAACAUGAAGAACCCUGUGAUAAAGAUGGUGUUUUUACAGCUCAUUUUGAUUGGCUAUGGAAUUGGAGUUAGAAGCGUUGACCAAGAAUAUGAGAAGAUUCUUGAUGAACAGCCCUACAGAUCAGCAUUCCAUUUCCAACCACCUAAAAAUUGGAUGAAUGAUCCAAAUGGACCUAUGCUCUACAAUGGAGUCUACCACUUGUUCUAUCAAUACAAUCCAUAUGCAGCUAUAUGGGGAAACAUUUCAUGGGGGCAUUCGGUUUCUUACAACCUCGUCGACUGGAUCCAUCUCGAGCCUGCCCUCGAUCCGACAGAGAAGUAUGACAUCAAUGGCUGCUGGUCCGGUUCAGCCACUCUUCUUGCAGGGGAAAGCAAGCCCGUGAUUCUUUACACAGGCAGUGACUUUUUAGGGCAACAAGUUCAAAAUCUUGCAAUGCCGAAAGAUUUGUCUGACCCCCUUUUGAGAGAAUGGCUGAAGUCUUCACAUAACCCUUUGAUGCUUCCGGUUGAAGGCAUCGAUCCGGACUUUUUUAGGGAUCCCACCACGGCAUGGCAGGGUCCGGAUGGCUCUUGGCGUGUGCUCGUGGGGAGCCAGGUUGGGGGCCAUGGGUGCGCGCUUUUGUAUAGAAGUCGUGAUUUUGUGAAGUGGGAGAGGGCUAGUGGGCCUCUCCACGAGUCGAAUAAAACAGCAAUGUGGGAGUGUCCUGAUUUCUAUCCUGUUGGUGAUGAUGGUAGGUAUGUGCUGAAGGCGAGCUUCAAUGAUCACGACUACUAUGUGCUAGGGAGUUAUGAUGCUGAAACGGACGAGUUUGGCGUUGUUGGGGUUGAUUUCAUGGACGAUGUGGUGCAGCUGAGGUACGAUUAUGGUGUGUUCUAUGCUUCAAAGACGUUCUACGAUGAUGCCAGGAAACGAAGGGUGUUGUGGGGGUGGGUGACUGAGGCUGAUAGUGAGGCUGAUGAUGUUGAGAGAGGGUGGUCUGGUUUAAUGUCAUUUCCAAGAAGUGUUUUGCUUGAUGAAGAUCAGAAACAGUUGAUACAAUGGCCUAUAGAAGAAGUUGAAGAGCUUCGUGGCGAAAAAGUAGCAUUAGAGAACAAGGAGAUUGAGAGUGGGAAUGUGUUGGAGAUUGGAGGCAUCACAGCUUCACAGGCUGAUGUAGAAGUCUCGUUCCGUGUACCAAACCUGGAGGCCGUUGAGGUGAUUGAUGGAGGAUUGCUCGAUCCACAGAUGCUCUGCAGACAAAAGAAUGCAUCAGUGGAGGGAGUGUUUGGGCCCUUUGGGUUGCUAGUCUUGGCCUCGGACGACUUGACUGAGCAAACUGCUGUGUUUUUUCGGGUUUUUAGGCAAAACGAGAAGCACGUUGUUCUCAUGUGCAGUGAUCAGAGCAGAUCUUCACUGCAGACUCGGGUGAAAGAGGCGAUUUUCGGGUCGUUUCUUGAUGUAGAUCUUGAUCAAGAAAUCUCCCUAAGGACUCUGGUAGACCAUUCCAUAGUGGAGAGUUUCGGCGGGAAAGGGAAGAGCUGCAUCACUUCAAGAGUUUAUCCAAAACUGGCAAUUCACAACAACUCCCACGUCCACGCAUUUAACAACGGUUCGAAGAGUGUCAUGAUUUCGAGGCUCGAGGCUUGGAGCAUGUCGAGAGCUCGACUCGUGCAAGUUCACACGCGGAGAAAGCCCUCGUUUAGCUGAGAGGAGAACAUGAACAUGAUCUCGUAUUUUCAUCUGACUUUGGCAUCAUUCAAGCCAUUGUUUUUUCAUUAUAUCCAUUGAUUGUGCUCUUAGUGCUGUAUCAAUUAUACGGUGUAUGUAACAAAGCAACGGUAAUAAUCUGACAAAAGUUAAUUAUUCUUUGAAAAAGAAUAGUAUCAAAUAUUUACGGGCUACCAUUUCCAAAUU